CAAGUACAUGACUAUCUUAUCUUUGUUAUCAACAGAUGUAGGGAAUAAGUACAAUGUGAUAUAAUGUACAAUAUGUCUUAUUAUUAGAGCGUAUUAUUCAGGGCGUUGCUCAAUAUUUCGUCGCAAGGAGUUGACACAUAUUCCUAAUAGCCCUCAAUUAAGCACAACUGGUAAUUGUCAAAUAUAGAGAUACACUCAUUGUUUAAGGCCUCUCUAAACAUUUUGGAAAACAAAUGGCAAGUUAAUCUCUACGUAGUCAAAGUACGUUUUCGCUCCACGGUGCAUAGGAAAAAUCAAGAUGCCUGAUAUGAUGCCUUCUUCGGUACAUAAAGUAGCGAAAACAAGCUUACUACCUUACCUAAUUAGAAUAAAAUCUUAGUUAUUUACAUACCUAGGCAUAUUAAAAAAAAGUAUGCUCAGGACUAUAAUCUCUAAUGGAGUAAUUAACAUCAAUAGAGAGAGAGAGAGAGAGAAGAGUUAGAGCAUUGGGCUAAUCUUGUUCUUAUGGCCAUAUUUUAAUGAGCGUAUUAGGAUCCAGCGUGGCAAAAGGGGGCAAACGAGCAUGCGGCUCAUCUGAUGCUACCAUAAUGUCCACAACAUCAGCAAAUUCCGUUCAGGUCUACUGCGGAAGAAGACUUUCAGAAGCUUUGGCGUACCUUUGUACAAAAGAUAUUGAAAGGAGAUCUUUCAACAGUAUUCCAAAUGAUGGUACAGCUAGGUACAGCUGGCCUGUACCAGUUCUCCCAAAGUUCAAGGCCCUGGAAGGCGUGAGGGGUAAGAGGCAAGGCGUGGCUACAGAGUGCUGCGAGAAAGGUUGCACGAUGUCUGAAUUACUGAAUUAUUGCCCUGAGACGAAUUGAGCGUUCAAGUGACUGUUGUAUUGUUAGAUGUGCUAUUUGUUUAUAUGAUAAGCUUCAUAAAAUAAAUUGAUGAGAAAAUA